CAUAUUGAAACAUGCUAACCUCUGAAAAUAAACUUUUAAAAUUAUUACGUUAAACAUUACUCUGCAUGAUACAGAAAUUUAUGCAAAUUAAUGAAAUACUAGACAAUUAUUGCCCUUUGAAGAGGUCGAUUUCAGGAGUUAUCGAUCUGUAAAAAAGUGAUAUUAACCGAGACCGUAGUCUGAGAUUGAUAUCAUCUUUUUCCUGGUCGAUAAAUUCUCAUAUUGCCCAAACCAAUUGUUUUAUUAUUACAUCCAAUUAUAAAAAUGUCACUCGAGAAAAAUCCAAUCAUUUGCAACGGUUGUAAUGGGUUCGACGUCAUAAGUAUUAUGUUUUAUGACGUCACUGCUUGAGGUCAGUAAGUAAGUGAUUUUAGUUCCGUCUACGAGUCAAUACGAUAUUUUAACAUUUAUCAAAUUAUUGUGUUUAGACCUAUAGACCUGAAAUAAAUGUGUUUUAUCAGAGAGAUAUAAUCCACACCGGCUCGCUGUAUGUCACUCACCCACUGUGAGUGAUAUAGCUUUUGCGUAAAACGGGAUGAAACUUGUGAUCGUGCUAUAUUCUUGCACAGUGGACUAGGAUUUUCAGUAUUUUCCCCGAUGCUGGAAAAUUUCCUUGUGCGACUCUCGUGCUGUUAAUGACAUAUUACGAACUACGUACAUGUAGAUUUACAUAGUGAUUUAAAUCUUACUUCAUACAAAAAGAAUAAAAGUUCAAUAUCUUCAGUAAUUAUCCUUCUUUGUUCCUGAUAGUUAAUUUCUCUAUUCCAAAAACGUUAUUUUCUCAGAAAUACAUGACGUUACGUUGCAAGUGAUUAAACAAAAACCGAGACUAAAAGUUGCUAAAAUGGAAGCUAAUAUUUGAUAUCUUUUCUUGAAUAUGGUAUGCAAGAAAAAGAUUUUGUCACUGGCUGUACGUGCAUGUGGGAUAGGUCCUUGUUACCAUAUAAACAGUUACCCGAGAGCCGGGUAUUCCCAUAAAAACCUACAACCAGAGAAAGAAUCUUAUAUUCUUUACAGAACAUAACGAUGAAAAUUUUACAACAUAUUGCUGCAAAUAAUAAAAUAAAAUGAAAUUUACGUCGUGUGAACUUCUCAAGAUGCCUGACUUCAUUUUCGUUUAAGCGGGUCUUUUUUCCGCGCUGAGACUAUUUAAAUGCAUAUUUAAAGCUAGAUCUACUUUCCACAGAACAAUAACAUUUCGCCACUGAAAACAAUUUUUCCACUUUCAUGUGGUCAAUUAUUUUUUUUCUAUAUUGAAGCAGUAAAAUUGUUAAAAUCGACGUACUUACAAAGACCUUGAUGGAAAAUACCACGUGACCACUAACUGUCGUCCACGACACUUAACAAUUUUAGGGCACACUAGCCUAAAUAGUAUUCCCUGUAUUUUUUAUAUUCAAAUUACAAUUUUCAAAGAGCUGCCACACAUAGCUUGACUAAUUAUAUUAAUUUUAAAGUAUUAUGAUAAAACUCACAUAAAAUGAAGAGAAAAGUAGGGGUCAUGUAUCUUCUAAAAUCUACUUACUCUGAAAUCACAAAAUAAUCGCACUGCUGUGACCUUGUAGUACUACUCUUUCUCACAUUGAUUUUCACUUCACCAAAUACAACUUAGGAGAGACAUUGCCAACACUUUCGAUGUGCCGGUGUAAUGAAGUAUUUCGACCCCCAUAGAAUAACGACCCCAGGUCCUUAUUCUAUAGAAAAUGUGACCCCCCUUAUAAAAAACUGACUCCCUUUGUAAAACUCUAUAGAAUAACGACCCCCGGUCAUUAUUCUAUAGAAAAAUUGACCCCUCCAAGUAAAAUACUGACUCCCUAAAGAUGACUCCCUUCGAAUCUCAUAGAAUAACGACCCCGGUUAUUAUUCUAUAGAAAAAGUGACUCCUUCCAUGUAAAAUACUCACUGCCGAAAUUACUACAUUCGAACUCUCAUACAAUAUCGAUUCCCGGACAUUAUUCUAUUUAAAAAAAUUACUCUUUCCGUGUGAAACACCGGCUCCUAAAAAGACUUUCGACGAUAAUAUCUAUUAAAAAGUGAUCCCCACCAAACCUAACGGACAAUUUUACUAGAUCUACAACUCUAAUACCCUCAAUUGCCAAUAGUUAACAUUUUGAUUGUACUACUACUACUGGUGCCGCUACUUCUAUUGCUAUUACUACAUGUACUUCUUCUUCUACUACUAUUUCUACUACUACUACUACUACAACUGCUACUACUGAUACUACUAUACCUGCUUCCACUAAUACGUCGUGUACAUCUAUCUCUUCUUCUCCUGCUGCUGUUGUUGUUGCUGUCACUUAUUCCUCUGCUGCUGCUGCUGCUGCUGCUGCAACUGCUACUACCACUGCCACUACUACUACUACUACUACUACUUCUACUACUUUCUAUUGUUGCCGCUACCGUACUUUACUGCCACUGCUAAGUAUUGCAACUUCUAUUAAUACUAAUUUCUAUGCUAGCAGUUUCUUGUGCAGUUUUCUUCUGAAGAAUUACUUCAUACCGAAGUUUGCAGGGAUUAUUGACACUGGUGUGUUUUGUGAACGUAUUGUGAAUUGUUAUUUUCCUGAAAAAAAUUGUAUACACCAAGAUACACCGUCUAGAAAUAGAAUCCCUUUUCCCGUUGCGGAAUGCUCUGAUUUCUGUGUCAAGUGAUGGUAUCUGGGGCUAAUGGUCAAACGGAAGGACGGACGGACGGACAAGGGCAAAUCUGUAUGCUGCCCUCCCCCGAGUGGGGGCAUAAAAUGCAGCAAUUAGACCUUAGAUACAUGAGUUAUCACUAAAUUUGACCAAAUGACCGGGGUCGUUUUUUUAUGGGAGGCAAUAUUCUUCGUGAGGUUCAGUUUACUUCACGUGGGGGAGUCAUAGUACUAUGAUCUGGAGGUCAUAAUACUAUGACCGGGGGUCACUUUUUCUAUAGAAUAAUGACCGGGGGGUCAUUAUUCUAUGGGGGUCGAAAUACUUCAUUACACCUGCAGCAGUUUCGAUUAGCGAAUAUAGAAAUGUGUAAAACAACGGCGAAACAAGAAACUUAUUGGACGAGCCGACACAUUGUUUGCAAUCGUAUAUCACCUGUCCUCUAGUCUGUUAAAGUACUUUCACGGAGACCUUUAGUUGUUAUAUACCACAACUUGUAUUUCAAACAAAUGGAACAGAUAGGUCUCAAGCAGUUAUUGCUGAAUUUACUCUGUUUACAAUUUAUUUUUUAACACAAGUGAAAUCUAUUCCACUAUUUUAUGUAAGACAGUCGUAUUUGAUACAUUUUUUGUGAACAAAAUCAAAAUGUGAAGUCUCUGGACUGAUAAAUAUAACACUCCUGAAGUCGCACAAUAUCUCUGAUUUGCAUACUUCUCAAAACAAAUCUGGUUACAUAUAAAACCGGAAACCAACAUUAGGGCAUUCCAACCAGCAAGGAUCCAUAUCAGCCCUCACACAUACGGUUCGUUUGUCAACUUCAUUAAAUUCCAAUCUUCAUCUAUUACCAGUGGUAGAUUAUUGUUCUUGCAUAUUAUACAAUAAAUAAGCAAAACUGAUUACUUUCUUAGAAAUACAGUAGCGUGUUUAAACGAAGAACUGAAAACAGAAAUGACAACACUACGAUUUAAUGACGCACAACAGCAAAGUUCUGGUUUAGUUUUAUCAUUUGUAGCGUAACGUUAUGUACUUUUUUUUUUUUUUUUUUUUUUUUUUUUUUGAAACACUUAUUUGAAAAUAAAGGAAAUAUAUAUACUAUAAGGAAAUAAAGAGGAACUACCAAGCUUUUUGAUUUAUACUUUUCGUUCACUUCGAUUAUUUUUACCGCACAUAAUUUUAUCAAAUUCUGCUUUUAUUUCUGGUCGGAGCUUUCGCUCAUAAAAGUAGAUAAUUUUAGUCACACUACAUCCAUUUCCUCUUCAGAUCUUUAAAGAAUGUUAAUAUUAAGUAUGUCAUUUUAGUUACCAAAGUUUAGACCCGAAGUUCAAGUGUAUUAUUCAUCAUAGAAGAGCGCGUGUUAGAUACAAUUUUAUCACAUUUCUUUCAACAGGAUGUAUGGCUAUUAAGCUGUUAAUUCGUGUACUUAAUUAUUUAUUUCCUGAUAUUAAUCUAUAAAAACAAAUGUAAUGUGUCGAUUCCUGGCAAUGUUGUGCAAGGUUAAGUAAACAUGGAAAAUACAACGAAAACAGUGUCAUUUUUGGAUAGAAACAAUUAUAACUUUUCGCCUAAUAUAAAUACGGUACAGGUAACAGUGUUCGUUGCCGAGGUAAAACAGUGAUUAAGUGGGAAGAAUUGAAAAUAUUAGCAUUUUUGGACAGAAAUAUGUUAAUAAUAAUCGCGCUUCGCUUCCUUUAAAUACGGUACAAUAUCAACAUUUGUCACUGAAAAAAUAUGGGUAAAAAGAACCGAAAACAGUGCCGUAACCAGAAUGACAUGGAAGGCUCUACAGACGGAGAAAAACAUGUAAGGCGGACAGAUGGGGUUCCUCUUUGGCUGCCGCACGGAAGUUUUGCGCCUCGAUCAAGAACUAAGCGUAGCUGGAAAGAAAAAUGUAUGCAGCUGAGAGAAGGAUAUAAAAUUCUUGAAGAAAAGAUUGAAAAAUAUGAAGAUGAAAAUAAAAUUCUUGAAGAAAAGAUCGGAAAGUAUGAAGAUGAACUGGACCAAUUGAAACAGGAGUUGACGGACACCCAUAAAAGAUGCAACGAACAAUUGCUGGAUUGUGGAAGACUGACGAGUCAUAUGCGAGAGUUGCACCAUUUAACAAAUUCUGAAACGGCAUGUCCAAUUGAUUCAAUAGUGAAAAUGUCUCAACAGGCAACAGAUCUCUUCAAAACUUUCACCCCUGAAAUAAUGCGAUUUCAAGAUACAAUCAGGAGUUUAAGUGCAUACAUCGAUGAUCCAAAACUGGAUGUUCUUCUUUCAGUCUCAUCUCCAAACAGGUUCCUUUCAACUGUUUCCUUGGACGAAAAAAAGAACAGCAAGAUUUGACGACAAACAUCAGUGUAAAAGAAAUGCUAUUUCAGAACUUCAUUUAAACGUUCAUGUUUAACCUUCAUAGUAAAUACUUCUUGAUUGAAAAUUAAAGUUGCAGAAUAAUUUUAAAAUCAGUGUGAAUAAAUGUUGAUUUUUGCUUGGCUUGGAUUUCACCAGGGGUACCGAGUAUAAUCCAGCCUGGGCAAAAUUCAUCCUAGAU